AUGGAGUCGCAUGUUGCAUUCCCACCUUUGGAACAGCUCCUUAAGGAGCGGGGGGCUGAUCAAGCACUCACCGGCGUAAUUCUCGGAAUUCUUGAGAGAUGCAGCAAGAUUGCGGCUGCGUUGCAAGGGACAUCUGUGGAUAAAGUUGGCAGUGUGAAUGAGUUUGGCGACGAACAGCUAACCGUCGACGUCGUUGCUGAAAAUCUUCUGCGCUCCUGGGCGAAGAGCGAAGCAGGCGCAGCCGUGCGCGCCGUCUGUAGCGAGGAAGAUAUUCACCUCCAGGAAUGCCACGAAAAGGGCGAGUUUAUUCUCUGCUGGGAUCCUCUGGAUGGGAGUAGCAUAAUCGACUGCAACUGGGCCGUAGGAAGCAUCGUGAGCAUCUGGAGAAUCGGACACCACGGCGUCCAGUGGCAAGGCGCCGACACCCUCCUCCGAAAAACAGGUACCACGCACUCAAAAAUGCGGGGCUACAUGCAAACAAACACACGCCUGCAUCUACAAAUAUAUAUUUAUAUAUAA